UCCGUUAAUCCGUUAUUCUACUAGCACCUACCAUCAUCACCUCCUUGUCCUCCGCAAAAAACCUUUGCUUUCUUUCUCUCUGCAAAGAAGACUGACAUACAAUGUUACCCUCUUCAGUGUCCUCUUUCCACACUACCAAUGCCCCUUCCACCCCUCUCUCUCCCCUCUCCACUUUCUCUUCUCUCUCUGUCUCCUCCUCCUCUUCCUUUUCAUCAUCUCUCUCUUUCCAACAAUCUUCUCUUCAACAUAGCCAUCUUGUCUCCUUUGGCCCCCGUUCCAAAACCCUUUUCGGGAUAAACUCCAAACCCAAGGGAAUAUUGAGGGUGAGUUGUUCCACAAGUGGGCCUUUGAAGGUGAUGAUAUCAGGUGCACCAGCAUCUGGCAAAGGCACUCAAUGUGAACUAAUUGUCAAGAAGUUUGGAUUGGUGCACAUAUCAACUGGUGAUCUUCUAAGAGCUGAAGUAUCUGCGGAGACAGAAAUUGGCAAUAAAGCAAAAGAGUUUAUGAAUGCUGGUCGUCUGGUUCCUGAUGAAAUCGUGACAGCUAUGGUGACAGCAAGAUUAUCAUUGGAAGAUGCAAAGGAAAAGGGAUGGCUUCUAGAUGGCUAUCCACGGAGUUCUGCCCAAGCAGAAAGUCUUGAAAAACUGAACGUUAGGCCAGAUAUCUAUGUUGUAUUGGAUGUUCCUGAUGAAAUUCUGAUCGACAGAUGUGUUGGUAGAAGGCUUGACCCAGAGACAGGAAAGAUUUACCAUGUGAAAAAUUUCCCUCCUGAGACCGAAGAAAUUAAAGCAAGACUUAUAACCCGUCCAGAUGACACUGAGGAAAAGGUAAAGGCACGUCUUGAUAUAUACAAGAAAAAUGCAGAAGCGAUCUUGUCCACCUACUCAAACAUUAUGGUUAAGAUUGAUGGAAACCGGUCAAAAGAAGUAGUCUUCAAAGAAAUAGAUUCUUUGUUAUCUCAAGUGCAGAGAGAUGAAGUAAAAUUGGUAAAAUCUGAAAAUUCAGUUCCUGAAAGUGGAAGUCGCUCUAGUCAGGCAUCAGUUAGCCAGGAUAAAUGGAGAGGAAUUCCCACUAGAUUAAAUAAUAUCCCUCAUUCCAGAGAAAUCAGGAAUUAUUUCUACGAUGAUGUGCUGCAAGCCACACAGAGAGCUGUAAAUGAUGGUAGAACAAGACUAAGGGUGGACAUUAACAUUCCAGAGCUGAACCCGGAAAUGGAUGUUUAUCGGAUAGGUACCUUAAUGGAACUUGUUCGAGUCAUUGCUCUUUCAUUUUCAGAUGAUGGAAAGCAUGUCAAGGUUUGUGUUCAAGGGUCUAUGGGGAAAGGUGCACUUGCUGGAAUGCCUUUGCAACUGGCCGGUACUCGAAAUAUUCUGGAGUUCAUGGAUUGGGGUGAUUAUGGUGCCAAGGGAACCUUCAUCAAGAUUGGUUCUAUAGGGGAACAGGAGGUCAGCGAAGAAGAUGAUAUGUUCAUCUUAGUGGCUCCUCAAAAUGCAGUAGGGAACUGUAUCAUAGAUGAUCUAAAAGCCAUGACUGUUGCUGCUGGGAGCCGACCAGUUAUUCUUAUUAAUCCAAGGCUCAAGGACUUACCUGGUUCAAGUGGUAUUAUGCAAACAAUGGGCCGGGACAAGAGACUGGAGUAUGCUGCUUCCUUUGAAAGUUGCUAUUUCUUCCGCCUUCUCUAUUAUGCAGGAACUCAGUAUCCUAUUAUGGGAGCUCUUAGGAUGUCUUACCCCUAUCGUUAUGAGUUAUACAAGAGAGUGGAUCAACCAUCAGGGACUGAGAAGUACGUGAUCUUGUCAACAUUUUCUGAAAAGCCAAGUACUGAUGAUGUAAACGAUGCAUUCAUGGGGAAACCUAGAAAUGGAGCUAAGAAAGCCUCAGGAUUUUGGGGCUUCUUGAGUAGUGUUUUCUGAGCGGAAAGGACUUUUUCACGUCAAUAUCUCAGAAUUUGCGAGAGUAACCGUGAAACCUCGGAUAUGGUUUGAUGAGCUUAUACUGAAUAGGUUUUUUUUUUUAUCAUUAGAUCAUAGCAUUAUGUAAAGAACUGAUGUUUCGUUAACAUAACUCAAGAACAGUAUAUAUUGGUUGUCUUAACCUGUUUUUGAAGUUCAUUAGGAUUUAGAAGUGCCUGUAGUCAUGCAAUCUGCAAUCUUAGCAAGUCGGGAGUGGCAUAUAAGCCAUAUAAUACUUGUUGAACUAACAGUUCAUCUAUUUCUUUUGUGAUAAAAAGGGCCUUUAGCA